AUGACGAUCACCUGUUUGAUGCUUCUUCCUCUGCUGCUCCUUGUCACUCAAUCCGCCUUCAACACAUAUUUAGAUCGCCUCCUUCCUCAUGUAAUCAGAGAAAGAAUAGGUAAGAAGUUUACUUCGAUCACUGUGAAGGAGAUAUCAGGGACUUCAUUUUGUUGUCAUCAAUCAUAUUCAUUUGCAGGUUGGAAGGAUGGAUCUUUGACGCCAAGAGAUGACGACGACGACGACAAGCUUCUCGGCGGCCUCCUCUCCGGCGAUUUCGACGAAUCUUCCUGCCUCAGCCGCUACCACGCCGUCUCCUACUGGAAGAACCCCAGCCGCCCUCCGUCACCGCACCUGGCGGCUAAGCUCCGGCGCUACGAAGCUCUGCACAAACGUUGCGGCCCCGGUACCGAGCUCUUCGAGAAGGCCAUUCACCACUUGAACUCCUCCAACCACACCGCCGGCAAACCCACCACGGACUGCAAUUACGUCGUCUGGGUCCCUUCCGACGGCUUAGGCAACCGCAUCAUCGCCCUCGUCUCCACCUUCCUCUACGCCCUACUCAACGACAAGAUCCUCCUCCUCCAUCUCACCGACGACUUCCACGACCUCCUCUGCGAGCCCUUCCCCGGCACCUCGUGGUCCCUACCGCAAGACUUCCCCGUCGGCGACCUCCUAAACAUCUACGCCGACCCUCCUUGGACACUCAGCAAUCCUCAAAACGCUCCCUAUCUCUACCUCCACUUGACGCAUGACCAGAGAUUCUCUGCCCACGGCUUCUUCUGCGAGGACUCUCAGCUACUGCUCCGAAGCUUCCAGUGGCUGCUGCUGAGAUCGAACCAGUACUUCGUCCCUGCUCUGUUUCGGAGCUCUGUUUACGAGAAGGAGCUUAAACUGAUGUUUUCCGAUGCCGAUGUGUUCUACCAUUUGGGGAGGUACCUUCUCCACCCGACCAACUCCGUUUGGGGCUACAUCACAAGGUACUACCAUGCUUAUCUAGCAGAUGCAGAGCAGAUCAUAGGCUUGCAAAUCAGAGUUUUCCCAUCAGCUCCCAUCUCUUCCGACCAAAUGCUGGCGCAACUCCUCAACUGUUCGUGGCAAGAAGGGCUACUUCCAGAGGUUAUGAUAGAGGAGGCCAUGAAUUCUAGUAGAUGGAAGGGAAAUAAGCCAAAAGCAGUGCUUUUGACGACGUUGUACUCCGGAUACUACGAGAGACUAAAGAGCAUGUACAACGAGCACCCGACCGUCGACGGCGAGGUGAUCGCCGUUCAUCAACCGAGCCACGAGGAGAAGCAGCACACGGAGGAGCGGAACCACAACAAGAAGGCUUUGAUGGAGAUGUAUCUGCUGAGUUUUUGCGAUGUGCUGGUCACGAGCGGGUAUUCCACGUUUGGGUACGUGCCGCAGGGGCUCUCCGGACUGAGGGCGUGGAUUCUGGUGAGGCCUGACGGUGGCGGGGAGAGUGUGAGCUGCCGGCGAGCUGUGUCGACGGAGCCGUGUUUUCACGCUCCGAUGGGUUACCAGUGCAUCGGAGAGAAGAAGAGGAAGGAUGGCGAGGAGGAGGCCAUGAGGUGUGUCGGAAAGUGUGAGGACGUCGCCGGAGGUCUUAAGCUUGUGAGUUAG